AUGGCUGACAAUAACACCAGUCUAUCGCUCAUUGAAGAGUUGGGGUUUGCUCCUAGCGAGCACCAAUUCUUACUUCGCCUUCUAAGCUCCGAUCCCUUCUCCGAGCUCUCCCCCACAGACCUUGAAACUAGCCAUACCCAAUCUCUUCCACUCCGUUCAUCCAAUCUUGCAAGCGACCUUUCUUCCACAAGCCUCAGGCAAGAUAUCUAUUCGUUCACCAAGCGGCCGGUCCUCGCUAACGUCCAUACACGCGGUUCUCACGAAAGCUCGGAAGGCAGACAAACAAGCCAAUACGCCGAAGAGUGGACUUCGCUCAUCGCUGCGGAUUCGGACUCUCUGAUCUCCGAAUUAUACCACCAACCUCUUCAGGACAACGAGGCUCCUCAUCCCGAGGCCCCACAACUUCCACCCAACCCUGGAACAUUUGAGAACGACGUGCGCCCUGGAUCUGCCGAACCCACAUCUUCGUCAAUCUAUUCCGGCGAAUCAGGUGAGCCACCCGACUCCUUUGAUGUUCGCAGCGAGGCCCCAGAUCAAGGCGACUGCGAAGUAUCCCACUACCCGAGGACUUUGAAUCGAUCUGGAACGUUUGAGGAAUUACUCGAGUCAUUCCCGACUCCCCCAGCGGAACAGCCAGAGAACGAUGUUUCUCGCACCAGCGCGUCCUAUCUAGAGAUAGUGCCCCAGCUAAUACGCCGAGCUUCGUCAGUAACCGGUUCAACAGCGUGA